CUGCUCGUCGUCGUCGUGGUCUGUGUGUGUUGUUCUGUCUUCUUUUGCAUCUUUCUUCUUCUUUCCGUCUUUCUUGGGCGAUGAGUGAAAAUCCCCCUCAGCCACCUCACACGCCACCCACUGGCAGAGCCAUGCCCACCGCCACCGCGCAACGCAACGCGCCGCCCACCAGGCCCCACCCCCGUGCCCGCUGAUUCUAGCUCUUCACGCUCCAACGACGCGGAUUCGAUUCUAAACCCCAACCAAGUCCGGACCAGCCGCCCCCAUACGUUCUCACCGCCCUUGAACCGGACGCGGGUGGGCGGGUCAUUGAUCCAGCCGUGAGAGACGUGGCUAGGCCUUUGAGACCGCCAGACCAACCGCCGGAAAUUUGCAUCAAUAACCCCGAAGUGCGCGGCUCGGCCAGUGCCGCCAGUGUUUCAUGGGGCGGGCGUUGAGCGGAUAUUGACCGCCCCGGCGCUACGCCGCCUGCGUGGCCGCCCACCAUCGGAGGUCCGGCCUGGCCUCUGGACGCCACACGUGCCACCAUGGACCCGCAACAAAACGGCCAUUAUGGUUCGGGAGGCGGAGUGGGUGGAGGACCUGCCGUGAAUGGCGAAAUGCCGAGCGUACCCAUUACCACCCUCUCCGGCAUCGCCAGCCUCACUGAUUUGUUGCCUGAAUUGCCCGUACCGGGCCCAGCCCCACAUGGCAAUCCCAAUCCUGGGUCCAAGCUCCUAUACCACGCCAGUUUGGUGGAAGAAGCCAAUCAGCUCUUAUCGCACGCCAAUCCGGCCUUGGUCGAACAACUCGAACGGGUCUUAGCUCGCACCUCCGUAGACUACAUUGAGCUCAGCGAUCCCCAUGCUGUGCCCAGCGCCUUGCCAGCCAACCGCUUAGUGGCCUCGCUCUGUCAAACCAAUCCAGCCUUAUUCGGCACCAUUCAAAAUGCGGCUUCAGCUGUGGGACCGCUGGCACCGGGCUGGACGGGGACGCCCAGUGGCAAUACUGGCUUCCACAAUCGCUUCCACGGCGAAUCAACCGCCUUCCCUCCGGGUGCCAAUUUCACGGCCCAGGGAGGGUCUACGCCCGACAACGGUGCUCGACUCAACAAUUUUGCGGCUGUCAAUCAAAAUUUCCCGGCGGCGGGUGGCUUUGAGGAGGACAACAAAUUCCUUCCCGGCUCUCAAUUCCAGGCGGGCAUGGAUCCCAACGCGGGCAGUGUGAGUGGUGGUGCUAACUUCCCUCAUCCAGCCAAUAAUGUGGGUUCAAACGCCACACCCGGCUCGGAUGUAUUGCCCGAUCUUGAAAAUGGGACUCAAAUCAAGGCCGAGAUGAAGCCCGUGAUUGUGCCGAUCAUUAAAGACGAAUCGAAGUCGAAUCUCAACAACGUGAAACAGCCCAUGAUCAAGUUGAACAUGUUAAACGCUGAUGCGGCCGAGCUAAUGACCAAAAGUGUGAAGGACUACAACAAAUUGAACUCUGACCAAGUGAAAAUGGAAGAGCAAGGUGUGUAUGACAAUUUCACGCCCCGUUCGCAACGGUCACGACAUGCUAAAGUGGUGGAUAUGGGUUCAAGUGACUCGGAAGAAGAUGAUUCCGUCGAAACAGGGGACAAGAAGCCCAAAAACAAAUUCUUUAAGGCCACCGAGAAAGAAAGGGAUGACGAAAAGAAACGCCUUCGUGAAUUCCGAAAGCGGAAAGUUGUCGACGACGACUUUCAACCUUCGGGCGCGGAGGAGCAAUUUGGUAAGAGGAGACGUAAAGAAGCCACGCCUACUCCCGCCUCGCCGGAAUCUUUUGUUCCCAAAAAAGUGACGAGAACUUUGGAGAGAAAGCUCAUUCCCAUGGUUCCGAAAAUCAAUGCGGAUGAACUAAUGGAAGAUUCGAACACUUUUCUCCGAUUCAAUAAAACCGUGGAGCUCAUCUUUGACAAUAUGGAGGACGUUAACAUGCAAGACUUGGAAGCAUUGGACGAUGAUGCCGAUAUUCCGCAAGAGAUCCUGAUCCCCAAAUACCAGCUAGCCGAUUUGGCGGCUGAGACGGCCAAACUCAAAUCGUUGGGCGUCAUGGAGUCCGUGUCGCACGAUCGGUUGGUCAAGCUACUCAACAUCUUGGAAUUGAACAUCCGAGAUGGAGCUCGAGUGACCCCGGUCGGCGGGUACGAUGACGAUGAGGACAACGACGAUCGGCUAUACAUGGAAUUGGCCAUGGAGCGAGUGAUGCGAGCUGCAGAUGCUUCCUUGGCUGUCAUGCACAUCCUGACUUCGAAGAAAAUGUCCAAACGGGUUUACAUUGACGACGUGAUAGACCGCGUAGCCUUGUUUCUUCGCUAUCAGCUUGCCAACACCAUCUACCCGUCAUACGACCCCGUGUAUAAAGAGAUCUCAAAGAGCAAGACCGGCUACGUGGGUUCCAUGAAAAAGAAGCGAACCUACGCUACCAAUGUCAAAGACAAGAGCAUCUUGGCCCUGUACAACAAAACUCAUGAGCUGACUUCCAUGUUAGCCGAACUCAUUCGUAUGCAAUUGCUCACUGACACCACGAUACUGCAUAUUUCAACCAUGGGCGUAGCUCCCUUCUUCGUGGAAUCCAUUCCCGAAUUGCAGCUAGCCGCUUUGAAAUUGGUCACAAAUCUGUUCGGUCGAUAUGAAAAGCAUCGGAAGCUCUUACUGGACGAUAUCCUGGCGUCAAUUGCCCGUCUGCCAAGUUCCAAGCGAUCCUUGAGGUCAUAUCGUCUCGGCCCUACUACUUACAUUCAAAUGCUGACGGCUCUUGUGUUGCAACUGAUUCAAUGCGUUGUGUGCUUACCCAGGAAACUUGCCUUGAAGAACGCCAAUGAGUUGAAAAAUAAGGCCAAAGAUGACGACAUCAUGGAGACUGAUGCUCAACCAGGUGUGGAUCGAGACGUGUUGAUAAACAACAAGUACGAGAUGGCCAUGGCCACUGCUCACCAGUUUCUUACGGUGUUCUUGAAAAAGUGCGGUUCCAAAAACGAGGACAUUGACUACCGACCUUUGUUCGAGAAUUUUGUUCAAGACCUCCUGACCACGGUCAAUGUUCCUGAAUGGCCCGCAGCAGAACUGCUCCUCUCACUCUUGGGCCGUGUCCUUCGAGAAAAAUUCAAGGAUCGAAGCACAGAGAUGGCCCUUCGUAUCUCGUCGCUCGAAUACUUGGGCGUGGUGGCCGCCAGACUCCGGAAGGAUGCGGUUCAGUCCAAGAUGAAAGUGGACUACAUCGAUUCGAUCAUUGAGAUUAUAAAGUCUGAAGAUGCUCCGGAACCCAGUGCCAGUGACACGCCACAGAAGAGCAAAAAGGGGAAGAACAAAAAGCCAAAGACGGAGAAGCCCCAGGUUGAGAGUGAAGAGGUGGAGGACGAGAGAAGCAGCUUCCUCCAGCGAGUGCUUUUGGAUUAUUUGGUCGUGAGUGGGGGAGAAGAGGAUCAAUCUGUGAUGAAUGCUCGACAUUUCUACAUUUGCCAGUGGUACCGUGACAUGAAUGCCGUGGGCCGGAAACCCAAACGGCGACCUCAAAAGUCUCAAUCUUCUUCGAAGAAGAAGAAAGGGAGCGAUUCCUCUGAAGACGAGAGUGACCCAUCCGAAGAGGAGGAGGAAGAACAACAACUGAGCGACAGUAAAAAGAACGAGUUGUACCGCCUUCGAGAGGUCAAGAAAGACGCCAUCUUAAACAAGAUCCUACCUUUUGGCACGAGCAAAAGCAACAAAGCUCAAGUCCUCACCACUCACAUAGACGCCGCUAGUGCUCAUUUGAUUGUCAAGUACCUCUCGUCCAAGCGGCCGUUCUUCAACUCGUUCAAUUACUACCUGAAAGACAUUCUCCAUGUGCUCACGGAGCAGUCCACGCAAAUUCGGACGAAAGCUCUCAAGUGCAUGACCAUGGUGGUAUCUGAAGAUCCAGAAGUGCUCCUCCGGAAAGACAUGCAAAAAGGAGUGCAGUUCUCCUUCACGGACUCAUCCACCAUGGUGAGGGAGGCUGCCGUGGAUUUAGUCGGCAAAUUCAUCUUGCACAAACAAGACCUGAUCACUCAGUAUUACACCAUUAUCACCGACCGUAUUCUGGACACGGGCGUGAGCGUGCGGAAAAGGGUCAUUAAGAUUUUGAAGGAUAUCUGCAUAGAAUUCCCGGGGUAUGAGAAAAUCCCGGAGAUCUGUGUCAAGAUCAUUCGACGCAUCAACGACGAGGAAGGUAUUCGCAAACUUGUCAUGGAAGUAUUUUCCAACAUGUGGUUUGUCCCACUACGAGAGCGCGGUCGAUCCCAAGAAGACAACGAGCUGCUCGUUACACGUGCUCAAAAUAUAACGGAUGUGGUUGUGGCUUGUCGCGAUACAGGACUCGAGUGGUUUGAGCAGCUGCUUGAAACGCUUUUCCAACCCCGCGAGGACAAGGACGACUCGACCAAAAAGGCGACCGAGCCUCCCCCUCAAUUGGUCAUGGCGUGUCAGCAAAUCGUGGAUUGCCUGGUGGAGAGCGUUCUCCGGAUCGAAGAGAGCAACUUGAGUUCCGGUGAAGGCCCCCGGGCCAAGUCUUUGGGCUCGUCUAAUCGAAUCGUGGCUUGUCUCACAACCUUGUACCUGUUUGCCAAGAUUCGGCCUCAACUACUGGUUGAGCACGUGCAAACACUCCAACCGUAUUUGCAAGUUCAGUGUCAAACCCAGGGUGAUUACCAGAUCAUAAGCAAUGUGGCUCGAACGUUGGAGCUGUCCGUGCCGUUAAUCAAGCAUCCAAGUGAGAUAUUCUUGUCCCAGUUAGAAGAGGACGCAGUCAAACUGAUCCUACAGCACGACAAAAAGGUGGUGUCCGCCUGUCUUUCGUGUUUGGGCUCCAUUGUGAACAACGUGACGAAGAAUUUUGGCCUCAUUCGAGAUUGUUUUGUCAAGUACUUCAGUUUUAUGACCAAAUAUCGCAAACAUCACGAGGUGAAUCCGGAUGAUCCGAGAUGCAAAGAGCAGAGAACCUUAGCUUGGUUUCGACGAGCCAUGUUUACGGUGUCCCAACUUUUACGACAUUUUGACUUCACGGAUGUUGCCUUAUACACGGGAUUGGUCUGUGGAAAAGAGACGGUUGAAGAUGUAUUUGAGACCAUCUUCCACUUCAUAACCCACGACUCAAAGGAAAUACAAUCGGACACUCUCCAUGCCUUGGGAUUGAUCUGCGUACGUCAUUACAACUUCAUGUUGGAGACCAAACUGAAGCAGCUCUACAUUGACAUCCUUUCGGAGAACUUUUAUUCUGAAUAUCAAAAAGUCAAGGUACUGAACAAUCUGGAGCUCUAUUUGGCCGAAGAAGAGGUUCGGAUGCGCAAGUUGGACGAGAAUUGGAAGAACUAUGGCGAGAAGGAGAAUCUCAAAGAGAUGGGAGACGUGAACUCGGGCAUGGCCUCAACUGUGAUUCAAGUGUAUCUGAAUGCUGUACUGAACUCGUUCGUUCAUCCGAGUGUGUUAGUGCGGCAAGCUGCGCUGAAAGUGAUCUCUCUCAUUCUGGCCCAAGGCCUCGUGCAUCCCGUUCAGAUUGUGCCCUAUCUCAUUUGUAUGUCCACGGACAGUGAGCAGAAGAUCUCGCAUACGGCCGACCGAGAGAUGCAAGAGAUCAACAAAAAGUAUCCAGGAUUCAUUCACAUGAAGCUGUUGCAGGGCAUUCGUCUGUCGCAUCAGCUUCAAGAAAUCGUGCAAGGUCGCCAACCCGCGGUUCGGGGUCACCGAGUGGUCAGAGAAGGAGAGUUACCCACAGCCCUGAACGGGUUCCUGUAUUCGAUCCUCAAGAGCACCAAAGUUCAACGUCGAGGCGUUCUCACUAGUUUACUCAAGCAAUUCGAUGACUCAUCGAAAUCGACACUAAGUGUGAUGUUGUACCUGGCAGAUAACCUCGCUUACAUCCCAUACACCGUGUUGGAUGAACCCCUGUUUGUGAUUCACAAUAUUGAUAUCAUGGUGUCCGUGUCGGGCUCGAAUCUCUUGCAAGGUUUCAAGGAAGCUCUCCAGCCACCACCCUCGGCAGAAGCUCGCCACAAUCUUGAAACGGGAAAGACUGACUACAUCUACGACGAGGACUUGGACGACGAUUUCGAGUCUGUUCUCUCGCGUCUCCCGGAGGAUUGUACGGUUUUGCAAGACGCAAUUCGUGGCUCGCAAGGCUGCAUGCUUCUACUCGUACUCAAGGACCAUCUCAAAGAUUUCUACGGUUUGACCACUGGCAAAAUUCAACAGUAUUCCCCUAACGACACCUCCAAAGCCUUCGAUCGCCAAGUCACACGACGAGCUAACGUUCGUUUCAACCCGAAGGCCACAAUCGAAAUUCUGAAGCAAGGCUCCCAAGCUAGCGUUCCAGACAUUGAAGGGAGGAAAGAACUCGUCCGGAAAUAUUUGGAGUUCAAAGAGCUUAUGACAAAGAUAGAUCCGGACGACGAGGACGAAGAAGACGAAGAUGGGAAUCGCAAUUCCGAGUCCUCCCCGCAAAAGAAAUCUACCUCCAACACGCCUGGUUAUAAUCCCUCCCCCGCCAAACAUUCCCAAGUCAACAAUCACCAAGGCUCUCAAAAGCAUUAUCAGGACCAGUCUCAGUCCCACCCCUCCAACCAUCCUCCUGUUCCAUCUCCGCAGCAACAACAACAGCUUCAACGUCAACUGCAGCACCAACAAAGACGCCACGAGCGCGCAGCAGCUUCGGCGAGUACCAUGUUUCCGCCCAUGGGACCCCCAGGAAUGGGGGGAGAGGAAUUGGUCUUGGAUCCCUCUUCGGGCAUGAUGGUGCCGCAGUCCCAAAUGGGGGGCGAGAUGACGUAUCCAGACGGUCAGUCGGGUGUGGAUUGCAAAGAUUCUAGCGCUCAGAAGGUGAAGGUCCCUCGCAUCAAAAUCAAUUUGGGAUCCUCCGGGAAUUCCCAUCACAACCGUCAUAAAUCCUCGUCCUCAUCCUCGUCGUCCCACCAUCGAGAUCGAAGUUCAUCGGGCAGUAGUCGGCCCAAGAAAAAGAAGAAGAAAUCGAAGCGAAUCUCUGACGAGGAUGACGAUUCCUCUCCUGAGGAUUCGGAUCCCGAUUUCAAAGGCUAACUCAUUAGUGGUGGGCUCUGGUCCAUUUCAAACUCUGUCUAUGGAUCUUUUUUGUGUCACGUCCCACCUUGGUCAGGAAUCGCAUUUCAACCCUAAGCCCCACCCACCCCCAUUUCACAAGCCCUCGAUGGGCUCUUCUGGCUGGUCCACAAGUCAAACCAUUUCACUUGCAUCGACCUUUGAUUGUCGCAAGCCGCCCUGUCCUCAUCCACGUUCAUCAAUUGAGUUCGUGACUUUGUUGCAUAAUUCGCAAAUUUCUAACGUCAUCAUCAUGAUUAUUAUUAUGAUGAUCACUACUAUGAUGUAGUUUUCCGCUCUGGACAGAGAUGACCGAUUGCAUUUUUUGUAAAUUUCAUAGUAUAAUGAUAAUAUUGUCUGUCUGUCCCCAUCCCUGACCCCCUUUGCCCCUCCACGUUCCCGGCCAUCCCUGUCGCUCGUCGUAGCCUCUCAAAAUUAAUGGUGCCAGACCAAUCAUUAUCCCUGUGGAGGCAUCAAUGUCGGGCACCUUGUUGUGUCAUUCUUCUCAUGAUUAUUCCAGCUAUUUCGAAUAUAUGAUCACGAUAUCUAUAAUAAUAGUAGUAAUGGCAGUAGUUCAGUCCUCGAAAAUAAUACACUACCAUGUCAAACGCAAGACAUCAGAACUAUGAAAACAAGCGCAUAGAAAGAAAUACACAAACCUAUUUAAGUUGCCUCGA